AUGGGAGCACAACAAGGCAAAGAAAGUCAAAGAAGUCAAUCUGUACGUCCAAGAUCAAGAGGAGCAAGAGACAACAUACGUGCAUCAACUGUUCAUAGCACCAAUAUAUUUACAGAACAUAAUGAUGCUCUUGUUCAGGGGCGCCCACUUCCCAUCGCACCAAUUACACCAUUUGAUGCCAAUCUUGCAUCACGAUGGAUGUCUCGUGAAAACCUCCUUGCAACAAUUGGCCAAUCAGAAGAAUCAAAUCCAGACCCAGAAUUAUUUGUGGCACUCUAUGACUUUGCUGCUGGUGGGGACAAUCAACUUACACUUGUCAAAGGGGACCAGGUUCACAUUCUGGGCUACAAUAAAACCAGUGAAUGGGUCGAGUGUAAAAACAAGACUGGCAAGCUAGGAUGGGUCCCCAGUAAUUAUAUAGCCCCUGUAAAUAGUCUCGAUAAGUUCUCAUGGUAUCAUGGACAAGUGUCACGCAAUGCUGCGGAAUAUUUACUAAGCAGCGGGAUAAAUGGCAGCUUUUUGGUACGCGAAAGUGAAAGUAGUCCCGGCCAGAGGUCUAUAUCGCUACGCUAUGAGGGAAGGGUGUAUCAUUAUCGGAUCAGCGAGGACAGUGACGGAAAGGUGUAUGUCACUACUGAACACAGGUUUUACACACUAGCUGAAUUAGUACACCACCAUUCAAUGCACUCAGAUGGCCUCAUCACAACCCUUAUUUAUCCUGCCCCAAAAAGAAAUAAGCCAGUUGUGUUUGGUGUCAGUCAGGAAGAUAAAUGGGAAAUAGAAAGAACAGAAAUAGCCAUGAAGCACAGGCUAGGAGGGGGUCAAUAUGGGGAUGUCUAUGAAGGAGUCUGGAAGAGAUACAAUAGAACAGUUGCAGUAAAAACAUUAAAGGAAGACACUAUGGCUUUACAAGAUUUUAUGGAGGAAGCUGGGUGUAUGAAGGAAAUGAAGCAUCCCAAUCUAGUGCAAUUAUUAGGUGUGUGUACACGAGAACCACCAUUCUACAUAGUCACAGAGUUUAUGAGUCACGGCAACUUGCUAGACUAUCUAAGAAAUUCCAACCAGUCAGACCUAGGCCCAACAGUAUUAAUGUAUAUAGCAUCACAGAUAGCAUCAGGCAUGGCUUAUUUAGAAACACAGAAUUUCAUACAUCGAGACUUGGCAGCUAGGAAUUGUUUGGUAGCAGAGAAUCAGGUGGUGAAGAUAGCAGACUUUGGUCUAGCGAGGCUCAUAAAGGAAGAUACUUACACAGCUCAUGCUGGGGCAAAGUUCCCCAUCAAAUGGACCGCCCCUGAGGGUCUGGCAUAUAAUACAUUCUCUUGUAAAUCUGAUGUUUGGGCAUUUGGUGUGUUACUUUGGGAGAUUGCCACAUAUGGAAUGUCUCCCUAUCCAGGGGUAGAUCUGACUGAAGUAUACCACCUACUAGAGAAGGGCUACAGGAUGGAGUGUCCUGCAGGGUGCCCCCCAAAUAUAUACUCACUUAUGAGGAAAUGUUGGCAGUGGAAAGCUGAUGACAGACCCACCUUUAAAGAAAUCAAUAUAGGUCUAGAGAACAUGUUUAGCAACACAACUAUAGGGGAAGAGGUAGAACAUGAAUUGAUGAGACACACAAGUGGUCCUCCAAUGAAGACCCCUCCUAAUAGGAAGAAACAAACAGGACGUAGAACACCAGAUAGAGUACCUACCCCUCCUCAGCCUAGGAAGUCAUCUCUGCCAGUGUCAUCGCAGUCAGACAGUGACGGAGACAAGAGUGGAAAACGCAAGUCAGCUCCCAAACCACCGGCAAGGACCAGCUCAUUCAAAAAUGAGAAUCUUACACCUUCAUCAACUCGCCGAGAGAUAGUCCCGGUUCCCGAGGCAGCUACUGAAAGGGAUUCAGGACUAUAUUCUCUAGAACGCUUGAGUCCUAGUAAAGAUACAGGUGUCGCAAAAAUGAUGGAGAGUGUUGAUAAGGAAUUUCAAUUUUUGAGUGAUGUUAAUAAUAGCAGUAGUGAAGAAAGACUUAGUGAGCAUAGUAGGUCAAGGUCAACCAGUCGGGAGAGGUCAAAUGGCAAUAAAAUGACAAAUCUGCCAGCUCAGAGAUCUGCAGUAAGCCCUGUGCAAUUUCAUCUCAAUGAAGAGGACUUAAACAGUAAUAAGAACGCAGUUGCAACUGUAAAUUCAGACAAUCCAUAUCCAAUUAAACCGGGCCAGCAUCCCAAAGUCCCGAUUCCUCUUCCAAAUAGGGCCUCAAGUAAAAAGACUAAGUCAUAUCCGACACAGCGAAAAUCCCGGGAAAUGGAGGAUCCAAUCAAAGAGGAAGAUAGCGAGCCAACAAUACAUAAACUAGAUAUUGGCUCUGUGAAACAAGCAAUCAGCACAUAUGGAACAAUCCCUAAAGGAGCUCGUAUUGGACAGUAUCUUGCUUCACUAGAAGAAAACAAUCAAAACUAUAUUAAUAAGUCAAAGACAGACUCUGCUCAAAAGGCUGACAAAGGUAAUGGUGAUUCAGAAGACAAUAAAUUCAAAUCUAAAUCUGAAGACCCCUUGCCACCACCACCAACAUGGCUAAAGACCCCUUCAGAUGACGAUGAACUAUCAGACUCUAAAGAGGGUAAUGUCAAACCAUCAGCUAUAUUACGUUCAUCCUCAACAAGUAUGGUAUCCCAGAAGUCAAGUUAUGCUGAACAAAGACAACUGAAAGACCGAGGAGAUUCCAGCGAACAAUCUACAAACUAUUAUGGUGGUAGCUUAGACAGUAAAACCACCAGACCAAAACCAUCACCAAGGUUUCCAAGGACAAACCCAAAGGCUUUUGACAAUAAAAAUGGUCAUGUGCAAACAGGGUACCAAGACAGUGCAGUAAUCAAUUAUUCUGUUCGUAAUACAGAGGAAUCACAAAUGGAAAAUAAGAGCUUGGAAUCUAUUAUUAGUGAUGCUUCAGAUAGAAGCAGUCCACCAGUUGUAAAACGUAACCCUGUCUCUAAUAUAAAACCCAAUAAAGUAAUGGAUAGUGGGACAUCUAGUAUGGAGAGUAGCACAGACUCUAUAAUUGACAUCUCCCCCAAACCCAAACCCCGCACUGCAGCUGAACGUAGGUGUGUCACCUCUAGGCAGGACCAGGGAGGUAGUGGUUUAAGGUCUCCUCCCCCAGACAGUGGCUUGGAUACUCCUAAAAGCCCACCAACAGCAGGUGGGAUAAAGUUCCGACCCACCUCCCUACCCCCUGCUCCCCCAGACCCCACUAUAGAGGUGCCACAGUAUAAAGCAUUAAAUAGAGGAGCCUCUCUUGAGGGCACAGAGUCUAGUACCACCUCCAAACAAGCUCCACCACCUGUGGCUACAAAACCACCACCAAUAGGUGGCAAACCCACUUUUCCUGCAGGUACCAAGCCCUUCCUAGCAGGCUUAAAACCAGUUCUUCCCAGUAGCACAGGGAGUCCUGCUUUGAGGCAUGUUAAUAAUCCCAAAGUAACAAAAUCUGAAUCUGUAGACAAAGAACAUAAAACAAACAAUGUUUCUAAUGAGCCAAUUACAAAGGAGGCCAUUUUGAAUCUAGUUAGCACUGUAGAGACAUCUAUUGAUCAAUUUUUAAACAAAUCCAUCACAAACUUUGACGUUUCCAGUAAAAUGCUCGAACUUUGUAACGCAUGUAGAGAAUACGCUGAAUGCUUACCGCCUCAUGGGAGGUUCCAGUUCAGAGAAUUGAUGACAAAAUUGUCAAAUAAUGGCGAUAAACUGACAAACUCUAGUGAUCAAGAGGCUGAAAGGCUCGCCUCAAGCUCAAGCAAACUGGUACAAAAUCUAAGUCAGAUUGUAAAACGUUAGAGUGAAUGUUUGUAUGAAUUAAAAAUUAAGUUUACAUGAAUAAUUUAUAUGUAUGUAUGAAUGCGUGUUUUGUACUAAUAUGUCAUUUUAAUGAUGUGGUCAACUAUUUUUGUUAUAUUAUAUACAGUCUGUUGGAGAUAUUGUAAUUAAUUUUUGUUAUUUUCAUUAUUUUUUGUUGUAAUCAUGCCUCAAACAAGAAAAUCAUAUUAUGCUAAAGCCAAUCCAAAGUAGGAAUGAUAUCUUCAAACUUCCAAGAGAAAUUCUAGAUCACCCCUUGUAUAAUAGAGCUUGAUACUUGGCUCUGUAUAUGUGUACAGUCAAAUGUUGUUUUGUGAAACAUCGUAAAAUUCUCACCU